AUGGCCCUGAACGCGUUGAGGAGGAAGAAGCAUCAUGAGCUGGAAUUGAGCCGUAUCGACGGGACGCUGGCCAAAUUGGAAGCGCAGCGCGGCGCUCUCGAGGAUGCGGGCACGAACGCCGAAGUGCUGAACGUGCUGGCCGAGUCGUCGAAAACCCUCAAAAAGGCCAAUAUGGACCUCGAUAUCGAUAAGGUGAACGAUCUGAUGGACGAUAUCGGCGAGCAGAUGGCCGAUUCGGCCGAAAUGAACGAGGCUAUCUCGCGGAAUGCUGGAGGAGAGACGGUAGAUGAGGAUGAACUGAUGGACGAGCUGAGGGAGCUGGAGAAGAGCGCCGCCACGUCGAAACCUCGAAAAGUGGCCGUGGCCGUCGAGGUAUCGGAAGAAAUGGAGGUCGACGAGCUUCCGGAAGUGCCGACCGGCCCGGUUACUCGAUCGAAAAAGGCUCAGGUCAAAAAGCAGGACACCAUGGCUGAGUUGGAGGCAUGGGCCGCCGCUAAU